AUGGAUGUUUCUAUACAAAAUUAAGUCUAGCUUAAUUAGAUACUUGAAAGGAUACGAAACUACUUAAGCAAAGCAUCUAAACAAGGUUAAAAUCCUAGUUAUGAGAAUAUGAACUCAGAGUAGUUAAUGCAGGCCUUCUUUGAAAUAUAUUUUUAGAAAUAAUAGGAACAUUAGUAACUAAGGAACAAUUUAAAGGGGAAUUAAGUGGGCAAUCAAAUAAAUGAGUUAGAGUAUAAGAUACAUUGCUUGUAAGACAAUAUAAGUAGCAUACAUAAAUAGAGGGAUAAACUUAAUGAAGACAUCAUAUCGAAAGAAAAUGAAUUGAAUUUAAUCGAUAAGCAAAUGAAGUCUAUAAAGAUUUCAAGUCCUGUGAAUCAGCAAUUUUAGGAAUUGAUAGAAGGUAUAACGAUGUGUAAGGAGAAGUGUGAUUAUUUGGAAGAAGAGAAUCAGGAUUUCAAAAAAAUCUUAAUAUAUGAGAUGAAGAAAAAUAGUGAGUUAAAACAACACUAUUAAAACGUGAGAGAGAGAUAUGAUUAGAAUCUGAUCAAGUUGCAGACUCUAGAAUAGAAGGGAUUGGAGAUCAAUUAGAGGAUGAUGAAGUAAUUGAAAAUCAUAAAUGACUUGCGGUUUUUCAUAAAAAGUCAAAGGAAUGAUGCUUUUUAAUAGAUAACUCCAAGAAAGAGAACAUUUAAUGAUCAAUUUAUGAGUGCUUAAUAUUCACUGGAAGACACACGAAUCAUUCAAUAAUUUCGAUUCAUUGAAGUUGUGUUUAUAAAUAUCAAGUUAAUUGUGAUAUCCUUAAAGAAUAAUCUCGCAUAAACAAACAAUAAAGAUUAGAGUGAAAGUGAAAAAUCAUUUAAUCCUGAAUAAAAGAGCAGUAAUAAUUCAAAUGACAAAUUGUUGGUCUCUAGUACCCUGAGAUAUAAGACUCACCAGAACUUGGGAUCAUCCAGAUUGAAAUAGAGAUUAAUUUCAAAUCCCUCUGAAACUAACAAAGCAUUUUCUGAAUUGGAUGAGGUAGAGGAAGACUUAGAUAGUGAUCAUAAGGCUGCUUUAAUUACUGAUGGCAUGUAUGUGGAAGAAGAAAUGUCACAAAGGUAGCCAUGGUAUUACAGAUCAGCGUUGCCGUAGCAAUUAAGCAAUAAGACUGAAUCUAAGAAUUGGGAGUUUGGAAGUGAGAAAAAAAGAUUUAAAAGCAAACCAUCUUUCGCUUCUUUUACAUCGAAUUCCAGUUGUCUGAAAGGAUGCACUAUGACUCUGAAAGAAGAUUUCUAGAAUAUUCAACAAUCUCAACCAAGUGAACGCGUAGUUGAAGACGAUGAAUUGAAAGAAAAGGAUACUGAAGUCAAUAAUAGUUAUGAAAUCGCUUAAUUAGUUCAAUAGGAGUAGAUCAUCUCAGAUUCUACUAUUCUAAUAAACAGAAAACACAGAUCUGUUAUAUAUGCAAAUUCUAAUUAGAAAGAUAAGAAGAGUAGUGUUAUUACAUUUAUUGGAGUAACUAUUUGUUCUAUCGGUGUUCUAUGUUGGGGGGCUAAGAAAUUAUAUGAAAAGUACUGUUGAUUACAAUGUUUUAUUAUUUCGAUUAAUGAAUUUAAGUUAUUAA